CCACGAGCCGUGUCGCCCGGGCCAUCCCGCGGGACCGAUCGAGGGCUCCGGCCGCGGCCCUGCUGGGAGCCGCCACGGUCCUCCCGGGCCAGCCUUGAGCCCCGCGCGUCACCCCGGGCUCUGCCUCCCGGCCGGGUUCCCCGCCCGAGAGUCUCCGCCAACUUCGUCCCGGGACAACCCUCCGCCCCUUCUCCCGCCCGUGGGCCACCACGGCAGCCCUGACGGCGCGGUCCCCUCUUCGGAUCCGUCUGGAUGGAGGCGCCGGCUGAGAACUGUGGCCUCCACCUCGCAGCCUCCGCGGACCACACCUCCCCUCGUUAGAGAAAUGCCGCACCAGCACAGCCAGCUAACAAGGAUCCUGGAGUGACCUCCAGGAUGGAGCUGGGGCCAGCCACAGAGACCUUCAUGCUGGAAUUGCGAAGUCUUGAGGAUGGAGGUC